GAAGCACCUUUCAAGAAACCCUCUCGAUCAUCGUCGUCGUCUUCUUCUCCGAGAAAUGGCUGACGAUCUCUUCCGCCGUAACAGACCUUUCAACCAACUCGAUGACUUCUACACCGACUGGUCCAGACACGUAACCGAACGCUGUCUCCCUACCUUACGGGAUUUCCCUACCGACGCCAAGAACAAAGCCGUCCUCGGCGACAUACACUCAUACUACGACACUCUAAACCACUACGCCAACAAAAACACGAUCCUCUACUUCCUCUUACCCUCAUGGCGCAGCAACUCGCUCGAGACGCCGAUCCUCCUCCUCGGCGACAUCAACCCUCUUCUUUUCACCAGCCUUGUCCAGUCUUUCAUCGACGACGUCGGACUCAGUCAAGAUCGGAUCCGCACUUUCAGUACUCUUGCUGCGUGGGAAGACUUGUCGCUCCAGCUCGAGACCACUAUCAACGAAACAGUCUCGCGUCUGCUACGUGAGAUGAGGGAAGCGCAAGACGGUUUUAUAAGACGUUUCUCGGAUAAGUGGGUGUCGUCGUUUCGUGAUUCUCAGAGUGGAACGGUAGUGAUGGAGACGGCGACUUCAGUGACGACGGAUGAGGAGGGUGGUGGUGCGGCGAUCAUGGAGGAGCUUGUGAGAAUGUUCCGUGAAGCGAAUCAACUGAGGAUGAGUGUGAUCACCGACAUUGCUGGAGUGUUGAACAUGAAUCAAAAGGUUCUCUUUCUUGAAAGCGUGUGCAAGCUUCUUUCAGGGUUUAAACAUCAGGAUAAUGCUUUUCAGAAUUCUCUAUUUGGUUAUAAUCUCAUUAACCAGCAGCUUCCACCAGAUGAUGACAAUCUCUUCAAGCCUCCUCAUCCAUCGGAAGAGGUUAAUGCACACCAUAAUUAUCAUCCUCAGCCCAUGGUGCAGCCGCAGUAUCCACCUCUGCUUCCACCAGAUGACCACCAGCUCUUCCGGCCUUUUGAUCCAUCCGGAUUGGUUCACCAGAACAAUAAUCCUCCGCCCAUGAUGCAGCCGCAGUAUCCACCUCUGCUUCCACCAUAUGGCCACCAGCUCUUCCGGCCUUUUGAUCCAUCCGGAUUUUUUAUUGUACAGUAUUAUCUUCCGCCCAUGAUGCAGCAGCGUCCACCACCGCCCACGUAUCAGUAUGCACGUCCGUUUCCACGACACGGCCAGCUCUUCCCGCCUUUUGCUCCAUUCGGAGUGGUUCUUGGCGCACACCACAAUUUUCAUCCGCAUGCACCUCAGCCUCCACCACCGCCCAUGGCCCAGCACCAGCAGCAUGCACCUGAACAGGAUCACGUUAUAUAUGUUGGGAACUUGGCCCCAUGGGCCACGCGUGAGUUGCUACUCCAGCGGUUUAGUCGUUAUCAUUCGGCUAGGGACGCAAAGAUUUGCGUUGACCAAGGAAGUGGAGCCACAUAUGGUUUUGUUAGCUUUGCAGAUGUAAGGGAGAAAGUACAUGCCAUGAACGAAAUGAACCUUAAAAUAUUUUUAGAUAGGGAAAUGCAUAUUGGUCCUGCAGCUAAGAACUCUAUCUACUAGUCCCACUUUCCUUCACUAUAUACUUGGGAUUGAUAUGAUACUAAAAGUAGUUUCUAGAGUCUCUUUGUUUUUUGUACUUCUCCUUAGAUUUGCUUCUCUUUUACGCCUUAAUCUGUAAGCUGAACCAGACUAUUAAUAUGAACUGAGGAUUUGUUUCGGUUACCAUUUUAGACUAUGUGCUCUCUCAGCGUUUAAAUAAAUUAUGAAAAGAGUGUGAUUUUAAAUACAGCUUAAUUCAUGGAUAAUAUGGAAAAAAAAAUGAUCAAUUCAAAGAUAUAAUAGCAGAGACUAUUAAAGAUAUAGAAAGCUAAAAUGUGAAAAAAAAA